AUGGGUGCCACGAAUCUGAUUCCGCUGUUUAUCCUCUUUGCCGUUGUUGCUGGGUUGGGAUGGGUUGGGUAUCAAAUCUUCCUCUACUCUGAAGAACUAGCCGAGCGCGGAACUAAGCAUAUGGAGAAGAAAAACGUCGUCUUUACGAAAGAUGGGGCGAGGGUUGGGGUGAGGGAGGUUAGUGCGGAGAAGUAUACGGAUAGGACGCAGAAGGCGUUUGUUAAGACGUGGAAUGCGGCGACGGAGAAGAGGUGA